AUGAUUUGGACGCUUAUUCUGGGCCUGUUGGCCGUUUACUUCAUUACAUUAAUUUUCCAACUGAUUCACAACAUUCGUCUGGUGAAGACCACAGGUCUACCCUACACCUGGUUCCCUAUAUCCGAGUUCAGCAUUCCCCUUAUCAGUGUCUUCAGUACAAAUCUGGUGCCGUAUAUCGUGAAUUGGCUGCCCGCGGGCCUGGCCGAUGUGUUGAAUGACUGCACGGUGAAUUAUCGAUGGAUGGUGAAAGACCGACUGUCCAAGAAGCGGGGAUCAGUGCAUCUGGUCGCCACACCGACGAGUAUUAGCUGCCAUGUCGGAGACGCCGAGGUGAUAUCUCAGAUCUGCAGUCAGCGACAGAGUUUUCCCAAGCCCGUGUGGCAGUAUGACUUGCUAGAGUUGUAUGGGCCGAAUGUCCUCACGUGUGAGGAUAAGCAAUGGGUCCAUCAUCGACGCCAUACCGCGUCCACAUUCAACGAGAAUAGCAACCACCUCGUGUGGCGAGUGACUGUGCAACAGGCCCUGGAAAUGAUAGAAUACUGGCGGGAGGAACAUGCCACCGAUCCCUCAGGUGAACGGGUCUUGCUGACGGCCGCAAAGACGGACAUUCUGAAACUGACUCUGAAUGUCAUCUGUGGUGCCGGAUAUGGUGUCUCGCUACCUUUCAGACCAGCGAUUAGAGCUAGCCUCACCGACGAGUUAGAAGCUCACUUCAACGACACAGAUACACCCCCGGCAGGGUUCAGUUUUACCUUUCGGCAGGUAAUGGAGCACAUGAAUACGUAUCUUAACCAGGUUAUUCUGGCGAAUAUGAUGCUUCCAAAGUGGAUUACUCACACAUUUAAGCCGUUGUUUGGGAAAAAUGUCCUCAUAUACGAGGACUUGGGACGAUAUCUCGAAGCAAUGAUUAAGACUACUAAAGUAGGAAAAAAUGUCGUUUACACCAACAACCUCUUGCAUGGCAUAACCAUGUCUCAGCAAAAAGAAGAUAAGCUGACGGACGCCGAAAUCCGCGGUAACCUGCACAUUUUUACUGUAGCAGGGCAUGAAACAACAGCAACGACUUUGCGAUUUGCACUGGUUCUUCUAUCCGUUCACCCUGACAUCCAAGAAUGGACAUACGAAUGUAUAAAAGAAGCAACCGGCGACCAGUCUUCGAACCCAAAAGACUGGGAAUACUCAGUUAUUUUCCCUCGACUAGUCGCCCCGUUAUGUGUAAUGCUCGAAACCAUGCGUCUAUACCCACCCGUGGUAUCUAUCCCAAAAUGGACCGGCGAGUCAUCCGCGACCAUCACGCACAAGGGAAAAACCUACUCCCUCCCACCAAAGCUCAACAUAAACCUGAACGCAAAUGCCCUGCACUACUCAGAGGAAUACUGGGGUCCAGACGUAUCCUCAUUUAACCCUCACCGAUGGGACAAGUCAAACCCAGAUAGUUUCCUUGCGCAGAAUGACGGCAAAUCUGGACUCUCGGGGCCGGGGAUUGAAUUCAACAGCAUACACAAGCCAUUACGGGGCGCAUUCAUCCCCUUCAGCGAUGGAUUCCGCGCAUGCGUGGGAAAGAGAUUUGCGCAGGUAGAGUUCGUGGCUGCUUUGUCGGUGAUUCUUAGUCGGUAUCGUGUUUCACUGGCCAGGUUAAGCAAGGAUGAAAGUGAGGAAUCUAUGCAAAAAAGAGCACAUCGGACAUUACAGGAUAGCGUGACGGUUUUGACAUUGGGCAUGAAACAAGAUAUACCACUUAUUUUUGAGCAGAGACUGUAG